AUGGUGUUUCCGACGUAUCUAUUAAUUCUGCCAUUUAAGCUUGCCGAUCAAGAAGUGAUCGAGUUCUAUGGUCAGAACGCUUCGAACACGAUCCCCGGAGCCCCCGAUUUGGCCCUUCGUUAUGCUGUCGACGGACAGCGCGACCUAACAAUCCACAAACCACUUCCGACGGCAAGCACUGGGUCCAAAUUCCAGCUUCGAAACAAAGUGAUUGGAAUUUACGACAAAGGCUCUGCGGGAAGUUCGUUUGAUACAGAGCAAAAGAUUGUCGAUACUGUGACCGGGGAAGUGUACACUACGACCCGAAGUGUGAGUUUCGUUCCGAAACAAGGAAACUGGGGUGGCCCAAGAGGCCCCACAAUGCCUCUUUACCAUUUUCCAAGCCGAGCACCAGAUGCAACAUACGAAGUCCAGACCACGGAUAAUACGGUAUUUCUCUACCGUCUAAAUGGAGAUUACAAUCCACCUCAUGCGGUUCCAUACCCAGGACUGAAGAUGGGACUCGGCGGCGUCAUUAUCCAUGGUCUUUUUACAUAUAGCUCAACAUGUUACGGAAUCGUGAGCAAGAUUUUCGCGGGUGAUGCAGGUCGACUUAAAUUCUUUGGAGCCAGAUUUGCCUUUACUGUUAGACCUGGCGACAAAUUGACCACGACCAUGGUGGAUGGGUAUGGUUGA